CGCUUAAUUGCUAAAUUACCCGAGUGUCUGGUGACAAACGUCAAACAAUCCAUCCGAGACCAAAAAAAAUAACCAUGAAACAACCACCCGCCCUUAACGCGAGCUGUUUUUUUCCUUUCUUCUUUAUUCCUAUUUUUUCAUCUAUUUAUUUUGGCAUUUUUCAAUAGAGAAUUCGUGCGACUAUGAUGGAUUCAACAGCAGAUGGUCGCUUAACAGGUCUCGAUAAUUUUUGGCUGCAGGUGGAGCAUUCACGUCGAUUGAUGACUGUAUCGAGUACGUGGACUUUUAAGCAACCCUUGGAUUCGUCGUUGGUACAUCAAUCACUCGUCAAGCUCUGUGAUAUGUAUCCUCGAUUUAAAAUGGUGCCUAUGCAUGGCACAGCCUUUCGAACCGCUGUAUGGAAAAUCGCGCCCGGUUGGCGUCCAGAAAUGAACGUCGUCCAUCACACGCUGAGUGAACCAACAGAAACCGCCUUGAAAAAAUAUAUCGCUGCAGAGACGGUCAAGGCGUUCCAAUACAAUAAGCCUUUAUGGGAGUUGCACGCCAUCUCGGGACUUGAAAAUAAUCAAUGCGCGUUCUUCUGGAAAGCCCAUCAUUGCAUGUCCGAUGGUCAAGGGUUUAUUCAGAGUCUAUUGACGACCACGUCUUUGGGUGAAGCCAUUUUCAGUUCACCUUCGGCUUUUCGCAAAAAGACACCUCAAGACUCACCGAGGGACGACGACAGUAAAACCAGAAAGUACCGUCCAAGCUUCAAGCAACGCUUACCUUCAUCGUACGAUCCAAAGACGCUUCUGUUCAUAUUCGUCGGCUGGGCUCAGGCACUUCUCGCUUGGACUUGGUGGGCUUCAAAGCAACUGCAACUGCUUUUCCAUAUACUAUCCCACGAUUUACGCGUAUUUCUCGUCUGCUUAUUUCCCUUUCAAAAGCGCGACCUUUCCUACCCGGCUUUACAAAGCUAUGAAAAGGAAAUUUCCUGGUCCAAUACGAUUUCUCUUCGCGACAUCAACUAUGUCCGCAAAGCGUUUGGCGGCACCCUGAAUGACAUUAUGAUUGUGGUGAUUACGCGAUGUAUCAAGCACUACUUGGAAGAACUAGGAGCGCGACAUGAUGAUUACGCCAAGCUUCUCAUUCCCAUAUCGAUGCGUGCAGCAAAUGAUUGGAGAUUCCAGAAUAUUGUGAGCGGUACGUGGGGAUGGUUUUCCAUGGGGGAACUCGAUACAAAAACAUUGGUGCGUCAAGUGCAGCAAGAGAUGCAGGCCAUCAAGGCUUCUUGUAUGCCGCGGUUUUUGUAUACCAUCAUUUGCCAAAAGUUACUCAAGAUGUUUCCGGGCGUGUUACCACCUAUGCCAAUUGUCAAUCUGUAUGCAGCUGUUCCGCACGGCGUGUUCACCAAUAUACCCGGACCUCUGGAACCGGUUAGUUUUGGUGGACAAGAAAUCCAGUCCUACCAUGUCUUGCCGCCUCAGUCAGGUAAAGGCACACUGGCCAUUGGUCUUGUAUCGUAUUGCGGCAAAGUCAGCAUUACAGUGCUCGCCGAUGUGAAUACGAAGUAUCCCCAACUUACGGAAAAGUUGUGUCAACGUUUCACCAAGGAAUUCGACUUUCUUUUAAGCGAAGCUUCUAUGGAACUUUCGCGUACCCCUUCCGUAACGUCUGCUCCUUGGAACUAAAUAAAUAUAAAAGAAAAAAUUCCCCAUUCUGUGUGCCCCUUUUGAAAAGUGAGAUCGGAAAAAAUUCCGGAACCAUUUUCUCUCCAUGCAAGGAGGACUACGUGUUCAAAUCGGCCGAGCAUGAGACAA